AUGGGCAAACUCAACAUUGCCCACCACAAGUCCUACCACCCUUACCGUCAGGAUAACAUCGCCCGCGUCCGCCGCGAUGAGGCAGAAGCAAAGGUUAAGGAGCAACAGGAAGAAGACAGGGCGCUCCUCGCGGACGCAGAAUCUAGAUUGGAUGCAUUAAGACAACGUGCUGGCGGUGCUAGUGCCGGCGCAGGUGCGGGUCCACUCUCAAGCGCUGAAGCAGGCCCAUCUCACCUGCCCACCACCUCGAGCUUGACCUCCGCCUCCCUCUCCUCCGCGAGCCGCCAUAUCAACUUGUUUGAAGACCUUGAACAGCAAUCACUCGUACUCGCAGCACGGCCCUCCAAAAAGCCUGCGUCCGCGCCCGACCCAGAGCUAGAGCGCGGCGUCGCGUUCGCGCCUCCAAAAAAGGACCUGAACCCGUGGUAUACCUCCCGCAAUGAUAAAGACAAGGACGUAGACGUCAAGGACGCGCGGCGGGACGGCCGGCAACUGCGCGAACUCGCGCGCAAAUCGCGCGCAGAUCCGCUCGCUGCUAUACCCUCUCACAUCCGGCACCCCGCGCGCUCCCGCGCUCUCACCUCUGCCUCUGCCUCUACACGCCCCGCUCCUGCCCUCGUGACAGGCCCAACCUCCUCCUCACCCCCCUCAUCCACAUCCAAGCCCGCGCUCGCCCAAGCCCGCCUCGAGCGCGAGUCCUCCGAGCGCGCGCGCGCGCUUGCCCUGAUCAGGCGCAAGCAGCGCGAGCGCGAGGCAGAGGACGCGGCUACGCCGAGCACGGUGCACGGCGGUUAUGGAGACGUGUUCAACCGCGCGGAUGUGGCGGCUGCACAUCGAGAUUGGGGGAGGAGAGAGGGGUGGAGGGAUAGGCGAUGGGACGAGGGGGAGAGUAACGGUGGGAUGAAUACUGGAAGGAGCAGGGAGAGAGUUGGGAGGAAGGAGUGGGAGGGCGGUGGGAGAGAUAAUGGAUGGCGGAGGUGA